AUGCAGCAUGUUUGGGUGGUGAAUUCGUGCCAUAUUACAAUAGGACUCUGCUCAGGGACCCUGAAGGACUUGAAUUGGAGAACAUUUGUGCGAUAUGUCAAAACAGAGCGUAAAAGAUCAGAACCUGAACAACUACUGCCUGCCAAUAAGAUGGCAGAGUUGAAGAGAAGCGAUGGUUUUCUGUUUGGAGCUAAAAGCAUAGGAGAUGCUAUUCAUAAAAACCUGCACCAGGCAGUAGGAGUAUUGAAAGGUGUUAAGAAUUGGGUGUCAGAGUGGGAAGCUGCAUCCAAAGGUUGGUGUUUGGAAUGUAAUUCAUCACCCAAGUUUAAGACGUAUAGUAUUGAUUUUGGGUGGGGAAAACUUAAAAUGAAUGAAGAAAUUUCCAUUGAUGACUUCGAAGCAAUUGCAGUAGGUGAUGGCCAAAAUGAAGGCGAGACUGAAAUCAUCGUAUCAAAUGCCAAGCCUAUAAUGGAUGCUUUUGCAUCCAUUUUCAGCACUGGGCUUCAAACUUUAGAUGAUGAAGCUGAAAAAAUUGGAGCAAACCACUGUAUGAGGAAACGUGGGCUUCAAUCACAAAAGGAGAGGAGGAUAAGUUUAAGAGGUGAAUCCGAGCCAUAUUACGAAAGGACUCGACUCAAGGACCCUAGAGGGCUUGAAGUCGAGACCGUUACGUGGAACUAUCUCAAGAAAACAAAGUAUGAUGGAUCACAACCUGUGCUGCCAACCAACAGGGUUCGAACCACAUUUUUUAUUAGUCUGGCCACCGUUCAGCAGCUCAAGAAAUUAGUGCUAGCUCGAUAUGCCUCUCUAUCACAUGUAUUGACCGUCACUGUUACAUGUGCUUACUUAUGGUCUUGCAUGGCAAAGGCAAGAGCAGCAUGA